AUGCUCUCGCCCCGGGAACAUGGUGAUUCAGGUAUCGGCCUCGGCUGGAUCCUGGCCAUCGCCCUCGUUGGCGGCAUCCUAUGCUUCGCGGCUCUGGGAUAUCUCCUCGUCUGGCAAAUCCGCAAGUCCGGUGCUCCGGUGACCACUCAAGUGUACGCGGCCGACGUAGCCGCUCGACCAGAUGGUCCAAGCAACUCCUCUACCGUCUUGUCCAAGAGACGAUUCCUCCGGACCGAAAGCGAGCUCACCCUCCACGCGAACCAAGACCACACGGGAGACGGAGCCAUCCCACUCCAAGAAGGCGUGAGAGAGAACGGAGGCCGAGUUGUGCCAUGGAAGCCACCUGUUCUUCCACCGCUGGCAAAGCAGGGGUGGAUGACAACGGGCGAUGAGGAGCACGGGCCCAAGACACGCAGGAAGAGCUGGCGGGACAGCUGGACCAACAUGAUGGUCCUGGUCGGCGCCAAACCCACUAUUCCCAACGUGGAUUCCAUGAACGACCUGGAAGUAGGCGCUGAGCAACCGGUGCUUGACGUCCCAAAGACGAGAUCUACACCGCAAACGCUCCCGCAAAGUCAAACAGCCCCUGAGCUCGGCGAAGAGGAGAGGGGUAGACCACGGACAGUCAGCCAUUAUCGAGGACGUGCCAUGGGGGGACCCUCCGUCAACGAUGUCGAUCUCAAAGUGAUUCUGGCGUCGACAGAACAGAGGCUCAGAGAUGGGUCUCAAUCACCAGUCAAGACCCCCAAGUCGUCUCCUGGGAAGAAUUCUACCAGAACUCCACGCAGUGGCGGCAAGUCAGCAUCCACCAGGGGCAGCCCCAGCAAGCGCAGUGCGAUCCAUCAGACACCCACCAAGAGUCGAAACCCAAGUAUCAGCACCGUUGGCAGUGCUGCGAACAGUCUCAUCCGUCAUGCCAUCGAGGAGUUGCGGCAGCCAGGCGGUAGCACCAGUCCAUCCAGGGCCCGUGUGAGCGAAUGGGAAGACCAGCAGAAGAACACUGUCGCUGCUCGACCCGAGAGUCCCAGGAAGAGGAGCAACAGCAUCGACAGCGACAUUUCCAGUGCGCUGUCAACGCUGUACAGUGUCGGCGAGCCAGAGGAGGAAGUGACACUCCCCACGCCGAAGAAGGCCGUCACACCUCAGGAGAAGCAGCACGAAUCCUUUGUACACCAGACUUGCCCUGGUGUGGUAUCACUGCGACAUGGCGUCGCCGGCCCACGGACAACGAGGGGGGCCAGCGGAGGUGGCAAUGACACCGCAAGUGCCAUCCCAGCACCACUGCGUACCAUCAAUGCCAAUUCGAAAAUCGCCAGACGAGGUUCGAUCAAGAUGCAGCCUCAUUUGGUACUGAGUCCCCCCAAGGCGCGCAACCCUGAUAUUGCAGCCAAGAUUGUCACGCAACGCGUCGCCAGUGAGAACAGCAUAGCCAGCGAGUCGGUGUAUACCGACGUGACGGUGGCCGAUACGUCCUCCGAGGACGAGCAAACCACACCCAAGGCGAAGCAAGGCCACAGGGGGAGCAAGUCGUCCACAUCGACGGUGGCAACCCCGACCAGGACAAUGAAGAGCCUGGACCUGUCGUCCUCGCCACUGAACGAGAGGGAGGUCAUGUCUAUUCUGUAUGAGAGCGCCCGCCCCAAACGAGGGCUCCCCUCCCCCCCGGCGAAGAUCAUGAGUGACGAGAACAUGGUCCCCACGCCCUUGAGCCCGCGACCAAAGAAAAGGUAUGCGCCCUCGAGACGGGUCUCCAUUGCCAGCGUUUCCUCUUCGAACUAUGACCAUAAUUUGGAUGAAGAGAAUCACCAGUUCACCGGUAUCUCCGGACGCAGGGCUACGACGAGUGGCUUCAGUGCCAACCUGUCUGUAGGAAGCACAAUCUCCGAGCUGCGGAGAAUGAACAGCGUUGUCAGCAGCUACAGUGUCGCAUCGAUGGCUUCGUCCUGCGGGGGCAUCGAUAGAUCGCCCACAAUCACCAGUCUCCGGGGCGGCGGCUUUUCUCCUGAUCGGCCCAACUCCAAAAAUGCGUCGGACGGUAGGAGGAACUACCUCAGCAUGGGAGGACAGAACAGCCCGAAGAGAAACAACAGCAGCCACCGCAGGGGCCAGAGCCACUCUGGCAUUCCCAUUCGGGCAGACAAGAUCCAGGUAGACAUGAGCGCCGCUGAGAAGGAGAACCGGGGGCCGCCGACGACGGGGCCGAGAGUCCGCUUUGACCUAUCGGCUUCGACAAAUGCGCUGCGUGACGGCCGAGAUCGACGGAGCGGCCUUGCGCCUCCCCAGCUCGUAGCCUCCCGCGUGGAGGCCAUCGCCACUGAGGAGAGGAGACGCGCGAACAGGUGGAGCGCCGACAGUCUUGGACUCUACGACCAGGAUGGCUUCCUCAAGGGAUCGCCUGAUCGGGACGCAGUCGCCAAGGCAGGGCGAUGGAGGAUGUGA